CAGUCGUUUAUUUGAUCUGCGAAGCGAAAUCAUUUUAUUUCGUCGCCGCAUCGACGAUCUAUCAAUACUUAACUUUAAGUAUCUUGACAUUAAUAUAUAUAACCGAUACUUCGAGAGACUGAUAAAUAAAUAAAUUGACAAAGUGUGAAGCAGAACCUUUUUAUAAAACAAAGUGAACAAGGGAUAUACUAUUGCAGUGAUUAAUAUAAAACUACAUUAUUUUGUAAUGUGGCAUACAUUAUUGUGAUAUAUUUUUGCCGAAAUGCGUUUGAGUGAUGUUCGGAUUAGAAUCGAGCAAAAUUACAAUGAAGAAAUUGCACUAUUCGUACUGAAACGAUUAAUGUGAUUAAGUUUAAAAGAUUUACAGUGUGUAGAUAAAAAAAAGAGAAACACGAGAUGAAAAUUCAUUCAAAAAAGUGCAUUGUCGAGAGAUAGUAUUUAUUAAGUGUCUAUCGUGUAUGAUAGACGUGUAUGAUACAAUAAAUAGUAUUCCCUGAAAACUGCGAGUCCAAUUCUCGUUGUUUUGUCACCGAAUUUGUAUCGAAUAUCCUUUUCAGACUUAAUCUCUCGAUUGAUAAACUCGAAUUAUAUCCGCAAAAUGGAACGAUCAGAAGUAUUCAGUCUUCUGUUCGCGCUAUGUUGCGUUUUGAUCUCGGCGGAAAAGCAAUAUUAUUGUUCCUGGUAUGGUCAAUGUGGAAUAUCAGGUAUACAUCCACGAAGUUGUGUGGCAAAAGACAUCUUCCCCCAACCGAUUAAUGACACAAAUGCCGAAGCUAUUCUGCAAAGAAGGUGUCCGCAUUUAUUCGAGGACAAUGAAUCGCCAGAAACAUGUUGCACGGCCGCGCAAAUCGUUACGAUGGAUGAAAGUACGACUAUGGCCGAAGGUAUUUACGGCAGGUGUGCGACCUGCAUGAGAAAUAUAUUACGAUUGAUCUGUGAUUUCACCUGCGGUUCUGACCAGGGUCGAUUUGUAAACGUUACCAAGAGCGCCACAAAUGAGAAUGGCGAGGAAUAUGUCGUCGAAAGUGAGAUUCACGUGGCGGAAGAAGCUAUUAAUGGCACAUAUGAUUCCUGUAAAAAUGUUGUCAAUCCUACCAGUGGAUAUUUGGCGAUGGACGUGGGCUGUGGCUCACACGGGGCCAGCAAAUGUACUCCAAAAUUAUGGUACGAGUACAUGGGCAAAGGGAACCCUUUCACACCUUUUGAUAUUAUCUAUGUUUAUGAUAAAGUCGACGAAUGGGGCGACGAGCCAUGGAACGUGCAAGCAAAAAACUGCAACGAAACUUAUGACAACUCAUCCGUAGCCUGCAGCUGCGUCGACUGUCCCAUCGCGUGUCCUUUCAACAAAUUGGAAAUUAAUCCGAAUGAUACUUUUAUGAUUUGGGAAUUUAACGGCUAUGGUAUUAUAGCCGCUAUAGUUGUCGUUGUGCUUACAAUUCUAGCGAGUAUCACGUACGGUUUACUGAGUAUAUUUCGUAAAAAAGAGAUGCCAGUGAGAAGGACUCAUCGAAACUGUAGCCAGAAAUAUCAAAAAUUCUUCGAAAUCAUCUUCGAAGCGUGGGGAAAAGCAUUUGCCAAGUAUCCUAUUACCACCUUAUUGACGAUCACGUGCGUGAUUGUUGGUUUGAGUUUUGGAAUCAACUAUCUGUCAGUGACAGUAAAUCCUAUAGAAAUAUGGGCGGCACCAAACAGUAGAUCAAGGAUAGAAAAAGAUUAUUUUGACACUCGAUUCCAACCAUUUUAUCGAACUGAGCAGAUUUUUAUAAAAUCCGUCGGUCUCGACACGAUAAAGCGCGAUACUCCAAGCGGAGUAAUAGAAUUCGGACCUGUGUUUAAUAGAGAGUUCCUGCUGGCCGUAUUUGAUCUGCAGCAGCAAAUUUUCAGGUAUGUUCAUAUGUUUUUUUUUAUCAAAUAGUGAUAUAUAUUCUUGUUAAUUGAUGUUCACACAGUUGGGCCAAAAAGAUGAUGAAGGACUGAAAAGAUUUGCUAUGCUCCUGUGCAAAGUGAAUUCACUGGACCAGUUACUCUUGAUCUUUGCACGGUGCAAAACGUGUGGGGAUACUUUCAAAACAGCAUCGAAAAUUUUAACAAGACGGAGAUCAACGAAGGAUAUGAAUCUAAUUAUCUAGAUCACUUGUAUAAAUGUAUGCAAAAUCCUUUCAAUCCAGAUUGUUUAGCCCCGUAUAAAGGACCUAUAAUACCUGCCAUAGCAAUCGGAGGUUUUCUGAGAGAGGGCGAAUUUCAAUAUGAUUCCGCGGAUUAUAGUAAAGCGACAGGAUUAAUUGUAACAUUUCUGGUGAGAAAUUCGCUCAAGGAGGAGGAUCUUGCGCCAGUUAUGAAAUGGGAACAACGCUUACUUGAUUUUAUGGCAAAAUGGGAUCAAAAUGAUCGGCCAAACUUCAUGGACGUCGCAUGGUCGACCGAAAAAUCGAUACAAGAUGAACUAGAUAGAACUUCGAGAGCGGAAGUGAUAACGAUGGUCAUCAGCUACUUGGUCAUGUUCGUUUAUGUCGCUCUCGCCUUAGGGAAGAUCAAACUUUCAGUCGUCGGCUGCUUCAGAGAAAGCAGAAUCUUGUUGAGCAUCGGUGGAAUCAUUAUAGUUAUAGCAUCGGUCGCUUGUUCCCUCGGGGUUUUCGGCUAUGCUGGUGUACCAACCACUCUUCUCACUAUCGAGGUAAUCCCUUUCUUAGUGUUGGCUGUCGGGGUUGAUAACAUUUUUAUCUUGGUGCAAAACUAUCAGAGAACUCUUCGAUAUGCCGAUCAACCAAUUGUAGAGCACAUUGGUAAAGUUUUAGGUACGGUAGGACCGUCAAUGUUGCUCACCAGCAUAUCCGAAUGUUUCUGUUUUCUCAUCGGAGCGUUUUCUUCGAUGCCGGCUGUUAACACCUUCGCGAUGUAUGCCUCAUUAUCAAUCUUAAUUAAUUUCCUCCUUCAGAUAACGGCUUUCAUAGCUUUAUUAACUCUCGAUUCGCGAAGAAAUGAGAACAAUCGACUGGACGUUCUCUGCUGCAUUGCUACUAAGGGAAAUUCAAAAAGCGAGAAUUACAAGGGUUUGGUCCACACGAUCUUCGAGCGUGCUUACACGCCGCUUCUUAUGAAGACGCCGGUGCGAAUAAUUAUUAUAGCGAUUUUCACUGCCGCUCUCACUACUCAUGUCGUAGUUAUACCGCAAAUCGAAAUUGGAUUAGAUCAGAAGCUUUCGAUGCCUGAAGACUCUUACGUUCUGAAAUACUUUAAGUACAUGGACGAUCUUUUAUCGAUGGGUCCACCAGUAUAUUUCGUAUUGACAGAAGGUUUAAAUUAUAGCAAGAGAGAAGUGCAGGAUAUCAUAUGUGGCGGUCAAGGAUGCAAUACGGAUUCUUUGUACACGCAGAUAUAUUCGGCUGCCAAAGAGUCCUCGAUAUCAUAUCUGUCUAAAGCAGCCUCAUCUUGGAUAGAUGAUUAUCUCGAUUGGUCGACGAUUGAUGGUUGUUGUAGAUAUUUCGCUAACAAUCAAUCAUUUUGUCCACAUAAUAAUAAACAGUGCGAGACAUGCAAGAUUGAUAUUGACAAGAAUACCUCUCGUCCAGAUGAAAUAAAUUUCAGAAAAUAUAUUCCUUAUUUCAUAGAGGAUAUUCCAGAUGAAAACUGUGCUAAAGCCGGAAGAGCUGUGUAUUUGGAUGCAAUAAAUUUUUACUAUGACGAAUUUAAUCUGACUGACGUGGGCGAUUCGUAUUUUAUGGGUUAUCAUACGCCCUUAAAAAAAUUAUCCGAUUGGUAUGAAGCAUUGCGUGCUGCAAGAAUAAUAUCUGAAAAAAUCACAAAUAUGAUUAACGAAUCCGAUGUGGUGUCCGAGAAAAAUAUCCAGGUAUUUCCAUACAGUGUUUUCUACGUGUUCUAUGAACAAUAUUUAACUAUUUGGCAGGAAACGCUGUCGUCAAUAGGUUUGUCCCUUGCCGUGAUUUUCGCAGCAACGCUCCUUCUUACAGGAUCAUUAUUUUCUGCUGUCAUUGUUCUUUUUACCGUGUUGAUGACACUAAUCAAUUUAGGAGGUCUAAUGUACUGGUGGGACAUCACUUUGAACGCGGUUUCUCUCGUAAAUUUAGUCAUGGCAGCUGGUAUCUCUGUAGAAUUUUGCAGCCAUAUAGUGCACUCCUACAUCACUUCUACAGCCAUGACAAAAAUCGGUAAAGCAUCGGAAGCACUUUCUGUCACAGGAAGUUCUGUAUUCUCAGGAAUCACUUUGACCAAAUUCGUGGGAAUCGCGGUGUUGGCAUUCGCGAAAUCGCAGAUUUUCCGAGUGUUUUAUUUUAGAAUGUAUCUAGGAAUCGUCUUAUUUGGCGCAGCGCACGGUUUAAUAUUUUUACCAGUAUUCUUAAGUUUUAUAGGACCCAGGUAGAACAAAGAGAUGCAUAAAAGUUCAUCCCAAAUAACUCAUCACGUUUGUUUAAACAUUCAUCAAUAGGAUAAAUUGCACGUUAAUUAUAUCAAUAAUAUAAUGAUUCUAUGAAGAACUUAUUUCCAAAUAAAUAUUUUUGUAUUUUUUAAUAAUACGAUAUUAUUAGCUUCGAUACACGGCUCUCUGCGUUAAUUUGUGAUAAUCAUACUGCAUAUAGUCGUGAUCAUUGCGAAUUAAAAUACAAAUUUUCAUCAAA